GCGGCCGAACGUGCAGCAUCGACCGGUUGCGAUGUUCCAUCCGCCAGAUCCUCGCGAGCAGGUCAACAAAUGGAAGAAGGAGAUGCGAUCUGAGUCUCGGAAGCUCGACAGACAGAUCCUGAAGAUUCAGCGCGAGGAGGAGAAGAUCAAGCGGUCGGUCAAGGAGGCGGCGAAGCGGGGGGACACGGCGUCGUGCAAAACGUACGCGAAGGAGAUUGUGCGGUCGCGGAAGGCGGUCACCCGGCUACACACCAGCAAGGCGCAGAUGAAUUCGGUGGUGAUGCAGAUGCAGAACCAGAUGAGCCAGGCAAAGGUCAUGGGCACUCUCACCAAGAGCGCGGACAUCAUGAAGGCGAUGAACAAGCUCGUCAAGGUGGAAGGCAUCUCCGAGACGAUGCGCAACAUGGAGCAGGAGAUGACCAAGGCGGGCCUUCUCGAGGAGAUGAUGGACGACGCCAUGGAGACCUUCGAGGACGAGGACGACGAGGAGGCUGCCGACGAGGAGGUGAGCAAGGUGCUCUCCGAGAUAGCGACGCAGCAGACGGGAGGCAUGGCGGCGGCGCCGAAGCAGGCGGUGCAGGCGGCGGCGAAGGAGGAGGAGGAGGAGGAGGACGAGGAGAGCCUCGAUUUGCUGAGGGCGCGGCUGGCCGCACUUGAACAGUGCUGAGCUGGGGCGCCCCUGAACACCUGUUGUGCGCCGGACUCUUGACUCCCGUCACUGCUCACUCCCCCCCCUUCUCCUCUGCCUAGUACUCUCUCCUCUUGUCUCGUGUCCUCCGUCCGCCACUCUGUCCUGUCGGCUGUCUGCGCAGACUGUCGCUCCUCGCGAGAGGUGCCUCGCUCACGCCGCAGGCUCUGGCGCUUCCGUGCGAGCCACCCGGGUGCCUCCGAGCCCUCGGCCUCGCUGAUGCCGGGCGCCAGGGCCCAGGCCGUGGGUGCCAGGCGCCCACGGCCCAGGCGCCAGGGGGUGAGGGGUCUUGCGGCACGUAUGUGGUAUGUGUCUCUCCCGCGCGCCGCGGAUGGCGAUGCCAGCGAUGUCGUCCCCGGCGCCGGUCCGCCGGUUUUGGCCGCUGUCGACAUGUUGAUUGUGAGUGUUCACCUCGCUGGUGCGGGCAAGAGUAUGUACACGCUAAUAC